AUGGAAAUUCCAGAUUCAAAUGACCCCCUAGGUCAAGUGGAUGGCCUUGAGAGACCAAUUCCAACUCCCAAAGGUUACUUUCUGACCUUUUUGGAGCCGGUAAACAACAUCACUGUGGUCCAGGGGCAAACCGCAAUCCUCCACUGCAAGGUAGCAGGCAAUCCCUUGCCGAAUGUCCGGUGGCUAAAAAACGAUGCUCCAUUGGUUCAGGAGCCAAGGAGGAUCAUCAUAAGGAAAACGGAUUACGGCUCCCGUUUGCGAAUCCAGGACCUCGACACCACCGACACAGGGUACUACCAGUGCGUGGCUUCCAAUGGGAUGAAGACCAUAACGGCGACGGGAGUUUUGUUUGUAAGGCUCGGUCCAACCAACAGCCCGAAUCACAACCUUCAAGAAGAUUACCAUGAAGAUGGGUUCUGUCAGCCAUACCGGGGAAUUGCAUGUGCCCGAAUCAUUGGAAACAGGACUAUAUAUGUGGAUUCCCUCCAGAUGCAGGGGGAAAUUGAAAACCGAAUUACUGCUGCAUUUACCAUGAUAGGCACUUCCACGCAUUUGUCCGACCAGUGCUCGCAGUUUGCCAUACCGUCUUUCUGCCACUUUGUGUUUCCCUUGUGUGACGAGCGUUCCCGAACCCCCAAGCGGCGGGAGCUGUGUAGGGAUGAAUGUGAAGUUUUGGAGAAUGAUCUCUGCCGGCAGGAGUAUAACAUCGCCCGAUCAAACCCCCUCAUUUUGAUGCAGCUGCAGCUGCCCAAGUGUGAGGAUCUCCCGCGACCCGACACCCUAGAGGCUGCCAAUUGCAUAAGAAUUGGAAUCCCAGUGGAGAGACUCAACCGAUAUCACCAGUGCUACAACGGCUCUGGAACAGAUUACAGAGGGACGGUCAGCGUCACCAAAUCUGGGCACACAUGCCAGCUCUGGGACUCGCAGAACCCGCACAUCCACGACCUGAGCAGCGCGAAGUUCCCAGAGCUGGGCGGUGGGCACGCGUAUUGCCGAAAUCCCGGCGGCCAGAUGGACGGGCCCUGGUGUUUUACAAAGAAUAAAAACGUACGCAUGGAACUGUGUGACGUACCUUCUUGUAGCCCACGUGACAACAGCAAAAUGGGAAUCCUCUACAUCCUGGUUCCCAGCAUAGCCAUCCCUUUGGUUAUCGCCUGCCUUUUCUUCUUAGUAUGUAUGUGCAGGAACAAGCAAAAGGCAUCUGCUGCGACACCCCAGCGUCGGCAGCUGAUGGCGUCUCCUAGCCAGGACAUGGAAAUGCCACUUAUCAAUCAGCACAAACAGGCUAAACUUAAAGAAAUCAAUCUGUCUACAGUGCGGUUUAUGGAGGAACUAGGAGAAGAGAGGUUUGGCAAAGUCUACAAGGGGCAUCUCUUUGGGACAGCACCAGGUGAACAGACACAGGCAGUUGCUAUCAAGACACUUAAAGACAAAGCGGAACUAGCUCUUCGUGAAGAAUUCAAACAUGAGGCAAUGAUGAGAUCACGAUUACAGCACCCAAACAUUGUUUGUUUGCUAGGAAUAGUGACGAAGGAACAACCCAUUAGCAUGAUAUUUAGCUAUUGCUCCCACAGUGACCUCCAUGAGUUCUUGGUGAUGAGAUCUCCCCAUUCGGAUGUUGGCAGCACAGAUGACGACAAGACAGUCAAAUCCACUCUGGAACCAGCAGAUUUCUUCCACAUCGUGACUCAGAUAGCUGCAGGAAUGGAAUACCUUUCAAGCCACCAUGUUGUCCACAAAGACUUAGCCACUAGAAAUAUAUUGGUGUUUGAUAAACUUAAUGUGAAAAUAUCUGAUUUAGGCCUUUUCAGGGAAGUGUACGCUGCUGAUUACUAUAAACUGAUGGGAAAUUCCCUUCUUCCUAUCCGAUGGAUGCCCCCUGAGGCUAUUAUGUAUGGCAAGUUUUCUAUUGAUUCGGAUAUCUGGUCAUAUGGAGUUGUGUUAUGGGAAGUUUUCAGCUACGGCCUACAACCCUACUGUGGUUAUUCUAACCAGGAUGUCAUUGAGAUGAUCAGGAAUCGGCAGGUUUUGCCUUGUCCUGACGAAUGCCCCACGUGGAUAUACACUUUGAUGUUGGAGUGUUGGAAUGAAUUCCCCAACAGAAGACCAAGAUUCAAAGAUAUACACAACAGACUAAGAACAUGGGGAAACCUUUCUAAUUACAAUAGCUCAGCACAAACCUCUGGGGCAAGCAACACCACGCAAACAAGCUCUCUCAGCACGAGCCCCGUUAGUAACGUUAGCAAUGCUAGGUACAUUGGACCAAAGCAGAAAACUCAAGCUUACCCUCAACCGCAGUUCAUACAAAUGAAAGGGCAGAUGAGGCCGAUGGUCCCACCUCCUCAGCUUUACAUUCCAGUAAAUGGUUAUCAGCCAAUGCCUGCCUAUGGUGCUUACUUGCCAAAUUUUUACCCUGUCCAGAUUCCAAUGCAAAUGGCUCCUCAGCAGCUGCCUCCGCAGAUCAUUCCGAAACCAGGCUCCCACCACAGUGGGAGCGGAUCAACCAGCACGGGCUACGUAACGACAGCACCCUCCAACGCCUCGAUGGCCGACAGGGCAGCUCUGCUCUCGGAAGGCACAGAUGACACACACAACGGGACGGAAGAUAUUGCCCAGAAUCCCGUCCAGGAGGAGGAGGAAGAGGAGGGCUCAGUGCCAGAAACUGAAUUACUUGGGGAUAAUGACACGCUUCAGAUGGAUGAAGCAGAAAUUCAAUCUGAAGCCUAAGGAGUUCGGCCUUUUUACUGUAAGUUUCACUUCACUUCAGUGCAUGGAGACUAUAGAUCCUUAGACUUAAGAUCAGUGAUUUUGAUCUGACUAAAUGAAAUAAAACCAAAAACCUACACUCAUAUAAAGUGCAGCAAUAGUGAUGUACCAGGUUAUUGACCGUUGUCACCAUCAGUUUGCAAAUAUGAUGGUAUGGAAUUGCUGGGUUUAGUCUAUUUUUACUGUCCUACAGUUCUGGAGGGAAGCUGCUUUUCAAUAACGUACUGUUGCUGUGCAACAUAUUGCAGAGUAGCAUUGCACAUCAUGUAUAUCAUGAUAUGUGAGUGUAAUGUUAGUGAAUUAUGCUUAAACCAGUAACAAGAAAAAAAAAUCAAGCUACAGUUACAGAAUUGCUCUGAGCAUAAAGAAGUACCCUGGAUGUGAUGGACAGAUUAGCAUAUAGUAUUUAUCUCUCUGAUAUAAUGGAGACGAGAUUGUUGUUUGCUUUCUGAGACUGAAAAAAAUAACGAGUUGAGAAUACUGAUCUAUGUUUGUAUUACAAUAGUCAGAAAAGUAGGGAAACUGAACAUCAGAAUUGCUGUGCAGUGUCAGACCAUGGG